CUAUGACAAACUUCAUAUACCUCAUAUGUUUCUGUUUGCGCGAAAAACGUGUACAGCGAAAUGAGAUAAACGUAAAUUAUAAAAGGAUUUUCUAAAGAAAGAAUUGUAUAAAAUAUUAUUUUAAAACAUGAAAGUGAUUGUCACUAUUGUGUGAUUAUAUUUUUUAAGCUAAAAAGCUAAAAAAUUUAUGAUAUGGCAGAAAUUUCGAAUUCUACUGUGUUUACAAACGAUGCACCUUCUACUGGUGCUUCUGAUCUUCUUCAACAAGCUUUUCAACAAGUUGUUGAUGAUGACGACCAUGAUAAUGAAUUUGUGGCAUUUUUACAAAAUGACGAUAAUGAUUCUCAAACUAUUCACUUGACUCCAGAACAAGCAGCAGCUUUAGGCUUAACCUUUGAGGUAACCUCGAAUGAAGAGGUUAUAUAUCAACAAGAUCAAGAUAAUACUAUUUCAAAUAUAGCAGAAAAUAUUUCUAUAAAAGAUAAAAUUAAUGAACAGGAUCAAAAUUCAUUAUCUUCUCAGGAAUCUAUAACAAUUGAUCAGUUAAAUUAUCAAUCUGAACAAAUACAAAAAUCCAAUGAAACUGAAUUGAUUAAAACAGAGUGUAUUGAUUUUCAAGAAUGGCAUAUGCAAAAAGUUUCUCAAACAGAACAACUUCAAGAUCAAGUAGUUGAAAAUGAUAUAUCAUUAGAAGAAAUGAAUUUGAAUAAUCAAAAUCAUGAAUCUCAACAAAUAAUUGAACAUCAAAAUAAUAUAAUUCAACAAAAUUCAAAUGCACAGACAUUAGUUUUGGAUCAGCCUAAAGUACAUGGAAUAAAAACAGAUAUUACGCAAGUAAAAAAUAUUCAUGAAAAUGAACUGCAAUAUACCAUUGAAGAUAAUAUAGCACAAAAUCAACUUAAUACAAUACCUAAUACUCAAGCGCAAAUUUUACAAAAAUUACCUGUGAUUUUACCAUCUUCACAAUUUAUUAUAAAACCUGCACAAACUAUAUUAAAACCAGCUAAAAAUAUUAGAUUACUUCAAAAUUCAAAUAAACUCUCUAACACAACUGUUAAUUCCAUUAAUGCUGUACAUUCACUUAAUACUAAUUCAAAUCCUAAUUCUGUACUACUUUCAAAGGCUACAAUAGUAAAUAAUUUAUCACCACAAAUAAUAAAAGCUACACCUAUAACAGCUCAGUUAUUAAAUACUAGUAGUAUAUCUGCACAAUUAUUAAAUACUUCUCAGUUUUUAACUGGUACUUGUGACAUACAAAAUCAAUCUGUUGGUACUUCACAUAUUUCAAAUACUAUUGUAAAUACUACAUCUGGAGCAACGCAAAAUCUUGUUACUUCACAAAUACGUUUGUCUCCAAUUGUAAAAACAUCACAAUCUCUUCAAAAAGGAAAUGUUCAACAAUUUUUAACUCCAGUGCUAAAAAGUGCAUCAACUGUGCUUCCAAAGACUAAUCAAAUUCUUAAUAAUACCAAUGUGACUACAGCUAUUCCUGCACAAUUUUUAAAAUCUGUACAAAUCCCUUCUCAGUUACUUAAAACAAGAACCACUAUUGGUAAAAAAAAUUCAGGAAUAAUUGGAACAGUAAAAACUACAGCUAAUUCUGAUACACCUGUUGUACUUCGAACUGCAUCUAUUGUAAAAACUCAAGAUUUAAAAACAGUAACAACAAAUUCUAUUUUAAAACCAACUCAAAUUUCAUCAACACCUAUAUCUAUUUUAAAACCUCAAACAAAAAUUACAUUUAACAAUGCAACUAAACAAAAUGUAACUGUUGCAAAUCAAAAUAUUGCUAAUGUUUCAAGUAAUUUACAAAAUACUUCACAAAAAACGCCUAUAACACAACAUAGCAAUACAUAUGAAUCUAUUAAAUCAAUUCAAAAUGAAACUAGUAGACAAAAACUUAAUUUUAUAGUAAAUGGCACAAAUCUUAAAGUAAAUAAAAAAGUUAAAAGUACUCCCAUUAAAUCUACAACAAUAGUAAAUGAAUCUACAGAUGCAUCUAAACCAUUAGGUUCUAGUGAAAAUCCAAUACAAAUAGUUCAGCAAGGUCAAACAUUUCAUAGUAUGCAACGUUUAACACCAAUGCAAUUAAAACAAAUUGCACAUGUUUUGCAACAACGUAGCCAAGAAACAACUACAUCAAAUGAAAGAGUUGUAUAUAGAGUGGUAUUUCCCGAAGAAUUGGAUUUACAAAUUAGAAAUCCAGGAAAUUUAUUAAAAAAUCGUGGUGGAAAAAGAGGUAGACCAAAAAAAAGUACUAUAAGACCUUCAUUGCUUCCACCUAAACCACCACCAAUUCCUGAUGAAGAACAAGAAGAAUUAAAGGUAGAUUUUAUUUAUUUUUUAAAAUUUUUAAAUUAUUUUACAAUCUUAAUCUUUUUUCAGGAUGAAAGAAAAAAAGUUGUGGCUAGAACACGAUCUGGUAGACUUUCUCGACCUCCUAGACAUAUGGUGCGAGAUUAUAAACACUUACAUCAUUUAGAUUUUCUACAACCUGACUUAGAUGAUUCAGAUGGUGGUUAUAGUGAUUAUAAUACUAAUAAUGAUAAACUUGAAGAAGAAGAAUCACCUAAAGAAUUAUUAACAGGUCUUGAAGUACCAAAAAGAAAAAUAUCAGAUCAUUUUAGAUGUCCUACAUGUAAUAAAAUAUAUUUAGGGCGUACUCGUAUGGCAAGGCAUUUUGAAAUGCAUCCUGAUCAUGGAAGUCCUGAGCAACUACCUCCUCCAACACCUGAACCUGAAUUAAAACAAAAUGGAGGACAAGAUCCUUUAAAACGUAAAGGGAAAAAACGAGGUCCUUGGGCUUAUGUUACACCAGAAGCUAAAUCGGAAAGACGCCAAAUAAAAUUGCAAGAAGCGAUUUCUGUAUGUGAAAAUCUCGAAAUAAUAAAAAUUGCUGCAAAACCAGUACUUAACGCACAAUCAUUAUUUGAUUUAUUGGUACUAAAGUCUGAAAAUAAUGUAAGAAAUUUUUUGGACGAGUUAAAACAAUUAAUGGAUAAAAUACGAGAAAAAGUUGGAACAAUGUUAACAAUUGCAAAUAGCGAUGAAGAAUUAAGUGAAGAUUUAAUUGAUAUCAAUGAAGAAUCACUUUGUGAUGCUUUAGGUCUUAAUCCAGGAUUGUAUAAAAUUAACACUGAAGCUCUAAAAAAAGAUGAUACUUCUAUUUGCACUACUUAUGACAAUAGAGAACCACCUCUUAAACUUCAAAAAAUAGAUAAUUCUGAAGAUGGUAAAGAAAAUAUAGAGGAACGAAUGUCCAGUGGUUUUUCUGAAAGUUCAGAUCUUAGUGUUUCAGAUUUUUUAAGUGAUAGAAGAAAUGAUUCUGUAACAAAUCCUACUUGUCCAGAAGUGCUAUCUGCUUUAACAUUAAUGCGAAGAAAUCCUAGUCCUGUGAAUAAUGCAGAGAAUAAUAAAUCUAAUAAUGUUUCAAAACUUUUAAUUUCAAAUCCAGAAAUUCAAAAUCAAAUUUCAGAUAAUCCUGGAUUUCAAAAAGUCGAUAUUACUUCACCAAAAAUUUCAAGUUAUCAAAAGUCAGAGUCUCAUAAAGAAAACUUUACAAAAUUAGGAAACAGUUUAGGAUCAUCAAACUUUUGUAAAGUUGAAGAUAAUUAUGAACAAUCUAAGAUAGAACAUAUGGAACAAGCUUUUAUAAAAUUAGAACCAACAGAACAAGGUUUUGUUAAACUAGAAAAUGGUUCUAUGGAUACUUAUUCAAAACAAGAUGCUCAAAAUUUUGAUAAAAUACAAAAUGGUUUGGACAACAUAGAGAAUGGAUCUCAGAAUUUUAUUAAAGGAUUCCAAAAAUUAGUUUCCAAAAUAAUUCCUAUGACAUCAUCAGAUUUAAAUUGUGUUAAAACUCAAUCUGCAUCAUUAGAUACAGGUUCUUGCAAAAUAAUGCCUGCUACUUCUGGUUGCAAAAUUUCAGAUAGCCUGCCUAUACUUCAAGAUGCAGUACCAAUAAUUUCCAAUAAUUGUGAUACUAAUAUAUUUGGCAGUUCAGAAAAUUUAGAUAUGUCAAAAAUAGCUCAAUAUGAUCAUAUAGCACAUUUAGAUAUUCUAAAUACAAGUGGAGUCAUAGAUAAAAACUUAUUAAUUGAUGAAAAAUUAGUUGAACAACUACAUUUAGUAGAUCAAUCAAAUUUAGUUGAUGAACUUGUAUCUGAACGAUUAAAAAAUAUUAUGCCAGAUAAUAUUUUAGAAAAUAAUUUGAUAUCAAAUAAUUCAAAUUUAGAUACUGAUCUUGAUUUUGAAGCAUUAAGUGAAGAAUUUAAUAGAAAUACUAGAAGUUGAUUCUUGGAUGAUAGCAUUCAAAAUGUUCCUAAAAAAA